GAGGGUUACUUGAUCGCUUGCUUUUCUGCCGAGCAACGUGGUGAGAGGAAGGAACUGAGCUACGCUCCCAUUCAUUUCGAAAAUACAGCUGAGAAACACACAAAAUACAACAAAAUGCCUUGUCGAAAGGAGAACUACAUCCUCUUGGAGCAGUCUGUUACCGUCGAUUCGAAAGAAGUGGACGCUUUGGUCACGAAAAUCGGCGAGGCGCUGCAGCUUCACAACAAUAGUGCUAAUCAGAAGACGAUGUCGUGUCUCCACGGUCUCAACGGCAACUGCAGCAGUAGCAACAUCAAACAAGCUAACAACAACAACAAUGGCGUGGCCCAGCAAAAACGAACCGGGUGCUGCAUACGGCUUCGAAACCGGGGGCUACGUAGUAACAGAGCUAGUCCAUACAGCUUCCCUGGCUCAAGUAACCAGGAGUGGGACAAUUUCAAACCUUGGAACCGAAAGAGGAUCAGCGCAGCUGUCGAGAACGACGACCCACAUCAGUUACUUCAGGAAUUAAUAUUGUCUGGAAAUCUAAUCAAAGAAGCGGUCAGGCGGCUGCAGUUCUCUACGACGGAGUGUGGAGAUCUUUCGGACAAUCUGUAAUGCUGAUGAUGCGGACAAUCUAUUAAUUAUCGAGAUGUUACGGACAAAACGAAAAUACUAUUUUGCUGACCUAGCCAGCUAUAACGUUAUACUAUACAUGUUUAACGAUUAAAUAUAACUAGUUAUGUAAACCAAGUGAACGCUUUACGUUGACCUUGUUUACAAAUCUAAUCUAUGGCCGCCAGUAUUGCCUGUUUUUGUAUUUGUCCGUUUAUAUUUGAAACGAUUCAAAUCAAAGGUCUUACGUUACUAGUUAGCAUGCUAGGCUAGCGCCACACUCAUGCCAGGAUGAAUUCCAAACGUCCCUAGCAGCCCAACACUGACGGCAGCUUUGUAUUUCCUUUACAAAGAAGGAACGGGAUCAACAACCAGCUACCAAAACCGUGUAAGAGCCGGAGGCAGGCGACAUUUCAAAUGGUUGACUAAAUGUCUCUUCGAACUGUCUGGGCGGUGUAUUUAAAAAAAAAAAAUUAUGAUGGGACACUGUUGUGCUUAACCUUAUAAUUCCAAUGCGGAUUUGUGUUUAUCAUUUUCCAAUUGUCUGUCAAGUUAUUUACCAUGACCACUUCGCAACGAAGUAUUUCAUAAUGUUCCUGAGUAUUCAGGCCUUUUUGGUGUCUUAAAAAUAAACACGGUGUUUUUUUUCUUCAA